AAGGUCCUGUUCCCCGGCCGGUUCCCGCGGGGCUGCCGCUGUCAGAGCAGUUGCCGAGAGCGAGAGCGUUCCGCGCGGCGCUCCUUUGCACGCGGGGCCGGGCUGGGCGACAGGACGCGCACGCGCGUGCACGGGAGCGCGCGCGAUUGGGGGCAUCCUUUCGCCGCCAUGAAGCCCCGGCGGGAGAAGAGAAGUCAACUGUGAAGACAGAACAAGCAGCAUGAUGGAUUCAAAAGACCUUGUCCUUAACAAAUCAAAGGCAGACCAAGUCGGUCACCGCAUUGUAAAAGUUAGCUCAGGCAAACAUUACUUCUGUGGUUAUUGUGCCGCCAUCACAAAUGUCGCAGUCACCUUCCCUGUCCAGAAAGUCCUCUUUCGGCAGCAGUUAUAUGGCGUACGAACCAGAGAUGCAGUACGUCAGCUGCAGAAAGAUGGGCUCAGGAAUCUGUACCGUGGUAUCCUUCCACCGCUAAUGCAGAAGAGCACAACCCUGGCAAUAAUGUUCGGCCUGUAUGAGGACCUGUCUUCCGUACUCCUGAGGCACAUGAGUGCGCCUGAAAUUUUGACCCGGAGCUUGGCAGCUGUGCUCGCCGGGACCACGGAAGCGGUCCUGACCCCCUUUGAGCGCGUUCAGACACUUCUGCAGGACUACAAACAUCACGACAAAUUUACAAACACUUACCAGGCAUUCAGAGUUCUCCGAGACCAUGGGCCCAGGGAAUAUUACCGGGGGUUAGUGCCAAUCCUGCUCCGGAAUGGCCCUAGCAAUGCUCUCUUCUUCGGUCUCAGGGGACCUAUCAAGCAGUGUUUGCCUGAAGCCACAACUUACAGUACUCACUUGAUCAAUGAUUUUAUUUGUGGAGGUCUGUUGGGUGCUAUGCUGGGGUUCCUCUUUUUCCCACUGAAUGUUGUAAAAGCUCGCAUGCAGUCACAAAUUGGCGGGGAAUUCCAGUCUUUUUCCAAGGUUUUCAUGAAGAUUUGGCUGGAGCGUGACAGGAAACUGACGCACCUCUUCCGAGGUGCCCAUCUGAAUUAUCACCGGUCUCUGCUUUCUUGGGGAAUAAUCAAUGCAACGUAUGAAUUCUUGCUCAGAUUAUUGUGAAAAGUGCUUGUGAAGUUCAUUUUCUCAGUUGGGCGCCAGACAAAAACACAACUGUCAAUUUCCAGGGAGAAAUCAAACACACUGAUAACACUGAGCUCCAACAUAAUAGUUAAUUGGUAGGUAAAGAUGCCAGUUUUAUGCAGUGCCUACUUAGCUCAAAAUAUAAUUGUAUUCAGUCAUAUUAAUGGCCUUUCAAUCUGUGGGUGUGAGUGAACUGUAUGGCUAGAACAAUUGUUUGAAAAGUUUCCUCAGAUAUGUCUGAAGAUGGAUUCACCCAUGGUAUUUGCUCCAGAUCACCGUCAACUAUUUUCAACACUCCUGGUGAUCCCAAAAAUGCACUUUGAAGAAAUGUGUAAAUGGGCGGAAGACUGAUAUUUAAUUUGUUGCUUGGCCCUUUCGGAACAAACAGUGGCAUGCUGUAAUAAACUCCCAAGAUGCUUCAAGUCUCCCCUUCCCCAUUUUUUUUUAACUCUUUGAGACUGCCAAAUUUUGAAGAGAAAUCCUUUCCCCCAAACCUUAAGGUUCUGUAAAAGUUGUCAAAUAGCUUUUGCUAGACUGUUGAUACAAAUGACACCUUGUCGAGAUUUCGUUUUAAAUUUCAGAAACUG